GUUUGUGUGUGUGUGAUUAUAUCUGAAACUCAGGGAUGAAGACGGGAUCAAUGUACGAGGCUCAGGAACAGUGUUGAGGAAAAGAAUAUCUAGAUAUGUAGAUACAGACGUGAGGUUUCGACCACUUUUCAUUUGAAUUCGUGCUACAAGCCUCUGCUUUACUCCACAGCACAGUGUCAAAACUCGACCAGAAGAAAAUAGAUGCUCCUACAUCGAGAGAGAGCGAUAUCCGUCUCACCGCGACUAAUGGCGUCUCAGGAGAGCCAUCUGACAGCCACACUCCUGACCUCCAUCCUUGCAGCGGUGCUGGGCUCCCUGCAGAUCGGAUACCACACGGGCAACGUCAACGCUCCAGCCAAGAUCAUCGAAGAGUUUUUCAACCACACCUGGAGAACCAGACACAACCAGUCGAUGCCAGAUCACAGUCUGACUAUCCUGUGGUCGCUCUCCGUCAGCAUUAAGGACUUUGGAGCUUUGCUGGGCUCACUGGGAGUAAAAUACCUUGCAGAUUCUUACGGCAGGCGUAACUCCAUCUUGAUAGUCAACUGUCUGUCUGUGGCCGGAGCGUGUCUGAUGUUUGCCUCCAAGGCCAGCGAGUCAUUCGAGGUUCUCAUCCUGGGACGGUUGGUGUUCGGCCUGUUCUGUGGCCUGGUGAUGAGCCUCAACCCCCUCUACAUCCAGGAAGUGUCCCCCACCAACCUGAGGGGGGCCUUUGCCACACUCAACCAAGUGUCCUUUGCCACCGGCAUCCUGGUGGGAAUGGUGGCUGGUCUGGAGACGGCGUUGGGCACAGAGCAUCACUGGGCCAUGAUGCUGUCCCUGUCUCUCAUUCCAGCCCUGAUACAGUACCUGGUCCUGCCUUUCUGCCCUGAGAGCCCUCGCUACCUCCUCAUCAACCGGGGAGAGGAGGCCAAGGCAGAAACUGCUCUGCUGAGGCUGAGGGGCAGUGUAGACAAGAUGUUGGCUGAGCUGGAGGAGAUGAAGGAGGAGGCUGCCCACGCUCAGACCGGGGUCACUAUCCAUGAGUUCUUCAAGAGACGCAGCUACAGGCAGCCCAUUAUUAUCGUCCUCAUCGUCAACUUGGGAAGCCAGCUCUCCGGAUUCAACGCGAUAAUCAACUAUUCCACCAAAAUGUUCCAGACCAACUUCGACCAGGCCAAAUAUCUGACUCUGGGUGUUGGAGCUGUCAAUGUGACCUUCACUUUGGUAGCAGUCUUCCUGAUGGAGAGGGCAGGGAGGAGGAAGUUGCUCCUGACUGGUUUCAUCUCCAUAGCUGUGUGCAACUUACUCGUGACCAUAGUCGACUCGGUCCUGCACCUGGUCCCAGAGCUGCGGAGCCUUCAGGUCCUGCUGGUGUUCUGCCUGAUCUCUGCGUAUGAGCUGGGCCCGGGUCCCAUCUCCUGGUUCAUCGCUGCUGAGCUGUUCGACCAUCCCGGCAGACCCAUCGCCAUGGCCUUCACCAGCAUGCUCAACUGGGGAGGGAAGUUUGUCCUGGCUCUCCUCUUUCCUCCAUUACUGAAAAUCUGUGGCGCUUAUGUCUACCUCCUCUUCAUGAGCGUGGCUCUGCUCGCCUUCACCCUCACCUGGAUUCGCCUCCCGGAGACGAAAGGCCGAACGUUCGACGAUAUUGCGGAGGAGUUCAGAGGAGCGGAGGGCAUCCCUCUGCACAAUAAGACUGGGUUCAACACCUUCACCUGACACAGCCCGAUAUAGUUUCAGUUUUAUUUCUCAAGUUUUGGAUCCUGAUUGCGGUCCUCACACCACUGAACGAAUGACUUCAGAGACACUUCUUGUGAUAAAAAUAAAAAGCCAUACUUAAUCAGCGCAAUUCACAAAUCUCAUUUCUUCUUCUUUAGCAAAAUCUGCCUUUCUCAAAAAAGAAAAAAAAACAACAACAAAAAAGUUCGGCCAAAGUUAUCCCGAACAGCCACAAUCGUCCUUACAAAUCCUUUCAA